AUGAGUUCACUUGGUCUACCUUUUUAUGUAAGGUGUCUUCCAAGUCUCCUCCGACUUUUAACUCUCGGAGCUGAUCAUUCACGAGCUUCACGACAUCUUCCACUCGCAACACUUGCGGUCCUUGUUGAGGACGUCUGUGGAGUCGACGUCAUUGAUUGGCCAAGCUACGGCGACGGCGAAAUUGCUGUGGAAGGUGGAAGUGCCAGUGCCAAUUGCGACUUCUCAAUGGACAGCGGCACCACGAGCAGCAACGUUAUCGAGGAGGACCGCCUCGCCAUGGCCACAAAAAGGAUCUUUGGUCUCGACUCUGGCUGCGGUAUUGUGAGGGUGUUCCACGGCUCCGGCUGUGAGGCGGCGAGGUCCAUUGGUGGUCCUGUUCAUGGGGCUAUGCAAUGGAGCGGUGCUCAAGGCCAAGAGGCCGUGAAAUAG